AUGGCGAUGGAGGUGGACAAGGACAAGGCACUCACGCCAGUUGCUGCAAGCUCAUACGCGUCGCAGAUUCAAACGCUGGUGGAACUCAGCGAGAAGGUUCAAGCACUGCGUCAAUAUCCUGCUCAGCUUCUGCGAACGCCGACUUCCGGGGGUCUCGUCAACGACCUCGGAGGGUCUGUUGAUCUGGAGAGUGUCGGGUUAAGCCUCUCACGACCCGAACAAAUUCGAAGAUAUUUUGGAGAUUUGAAGCAGUUCGUGGAACUUGUCAAGUCAGAAAACGUCCAAGCGGCUCUCAAGGCUGCUCAGCAAAGCGGAGAGUCACAAAAGGGGCCGUUUGGCGUGGAUGUACGCAAGGAGCAGCGACAAUUUCGACGAGGACCUUCUCCGGAUGCCCCAUCACCCUUUCCCGCAUUCAACCAACGACCAGCUACUUGGCCGCUGGCAAGCGGAGAACUGCCUCCCUUAUACGCCCACGAGGUAGCAGGCUUCGUCCGCGAGUUCAACGCCCAUCGUACGGAAAGAGUGCUCCGCAUCUGGGCGUUGUCUCGGUCGCAUCGGGUAUCGGCUACAGGCCCUCCAAACCCUCUCAUCCUGAGGUUCGAGAUACCGGACAUCUUGACAACAUUCAUACGCUUUGAGCGACAUGCCGACGACCAACCACUGGUAAUAGAGAAUGUCACUGCGUUCGGGCCUCGGGAGAAGACCUUGCCUCACUCUCAGUCCGAGUACACCGUGUAUCUCAAACUCUCGCAAGAGUUCGCCAAAGUCCUUCAGAAACACCCGCAACUUCACCUCCAACAUCUCUUGGAGCUUCUCCAGGCUUAUGACGGGCUUUUCACGGAUAAAUGUCCAGUGUGCGACCGCGUCCUCUCCCUCGAAGGUCAUUUACCUCCUAUCGCGCGUGCCUGGAUGGGUUGCUCCAUUUCAUCGAGCGCGGACGAAGGGAACAACAGCAACUGGGAACCACGACACACUGCGUGCCUUGAAUCAUGA